AUGCAGAAGCAGGGGCGGCACCUGGAGCGGUCCAACUCGAAGCGAGCGCUCGACCAUGGCGGCGGUGGUGACGACGGCGACCGCCCGUCAAAGCGCCCGCGCGUCCCCGCCCUCGCCAGUGUCAUUGUAGAAGCACUCAAGGUCAGUGAAGAAGUAGAGCGUGCUUUAGCCAAAUUGGGUCCUGCUAGGAUCCAAGGAAGGAGCUCUCCCAAACGAAUUGAAGGCCCUGAUGGUAGAAACCUCCAGCUUCAGUUUAGGACUAGGUUAUCCCUUCCACUCUUUACUGGAGGGAAAGUAGAAGGCGAGCAGGGAGCAGCAAUUCAUGUUGUGCUGCUUGAUGCGAACACUGGACAUGUUGUCACUUCAGGACCUGAGUCAUCUGUGAAACUGGACAUUCUGGUACUUGAGGGUGAUUUUAAUAAAGAGGAAGACGAGAUAACCCUUAAAGAAGGUGUUGGGACUAUAGGAGAGCUUAUUUUUACUGACAAUUCCAGCUGGAUAAGAAGCCGGAAAUUUAGACUUGGGUUGAGAGUCUCCUCAGGGUUCUGUGAAGGAAUUCGUGUUAUGGAAGCAAAAACAGAGGCUUUUACUGUUAAAGAUCACAGAGGCGAAUUGUAUAAGAAGCACUAUCCUCCUGCACUAAAGGAUGAGGUAUGGAGAUUAGAAAAGAUUGGAAAGGAUGGUUCAUUCCACAAGAGAUUAAACUCAAGUGGAAUCUAUACAGUUGAACACUUUCUUCAAUUCCUUGUUAGAGACCAACAGAAAUUAAGAAGUAUUCUUGGCAGUAACAUGUCAAAUAGGAUGUGGGAAAGUCUUAUUGAGCACGCAAAGACAUGUGUUUUGAGUGGCAACCAUUAUAUAUAUUACUCAAGUGAUGCAAGAAGUGUGGGUGCAAUAUUCAACAACAUAUAUGAGUUCACUGGUUUGAUUGCUGAUGAUCAAUUCAUUUCAGCUGAAAAUCUCACUGAAAACCAGAGGGUGUUUGCUGACACAUUGGUUAAGCAAGCAUAUGAUGAUUGGAUCAAUGUUGUAGAAUAUGAUGGCAAGGCGCUGUUGAGUUUCAAGCAGAAAAAGAAAUCUGUUACAACUAGAAGUGAAACAGCGAAAGCUUCAGCAAGCUACCCUGCAUCAAACGGUUUAGUGAACUCACAGAAACAACUGGCUGGAGGUCCUGUAAAUGCUGAGCAAUCUUCCCUGAACAAUACCAGCGAAGGUGGAACUAGAAUCCCAUCCAUGGGGAACCAGGUAGCAAGAGAAUAUGCAGGCAAUCCUCAGCACAUGGCACCAAGUAUUACUAUGCAAUACGACAUGAGUUCACUGGUCCCCGGAGGCCAGUUGAGUGGUUCCUCUGUGCAGACUCAAACUUCACGAAGCUCCAACAUGCUUGCACUGCGGCCAAUGCAGCAGCCUCAAAACUUUGAGUUCUCUGAGCUUGGUCAGUCCACACAACCUUCAGGGCUCAACCCUUUCGAUGACUGGUCCCAAUUGCAGGAGAACCGCGGAGGCGGCGUCGAUGACUACUUGAUGGAUGAGAUAAGGGCGAGGAGCCACGAGAUAUUGGAGAACGAUGAGAUGCAGCAGAUGCUGCGCAUCCUGAGCAUGGGCGGGGCACCGACCGGCCUGAAUAAUGUUGACGGCUUCCCUUCAUACCCGUCUCCUGCCCCAGCCUUCAGCUUCGAGGACAACCGUGCUCGCUCGUCGGGCAAAGCUGUUGUCGGGUGGCUGAAGAUCAAGGCUGCGAUGCGGUGGGGCAUCUUUGUCAGGAGGAAAGCGGCCGAGAGACGAGCUCAACUUGUUGAGCUGGAAGACUAG